ACAAACUAGUGCCCUGAAACCGGCUCUACCAGCAGCUCUAAACAGGAAAGACCUCUCAUUCCUCCAGCUGUCACAAGGACACAUCAUUUGACUGUGAACAUUUGGAGGAGGAAACGCAUCAUUGUUGCCGUGUCAGUGAAUUGUUAUUCCAUUAUUAAUUCAUGGAUUUACAUAACGUCUGGUCUUAUGUUCCUGGGAAAGGAAUGCUGCAACGAGUGCUGCUUCUCGGAUAGAGCAACGUAUGGGUCUGUGCCUUCAUUACCACAGCGCACGUGUGACACGUAAACAAACCAACGGGCCUUUUUGUUCUUUGUCUCCAAGCAGAAUGGACAUCAGCAACAGCAGCCAAACAAUGAGAGGCAUCCUUAAGAGAAAGUUCGCCGAGGUAGAUGACAAUCCCUACUACUCCUCCUCCUCUCCUCCGUCCUCCCUCUCCUCCCCGGCCUCCUCAGAGUGGGAGUCCGAUGGGGAGAGCGGCCCUUCUGACAACCAGGAUUUCACGCCUCACAGUCCUCCUUCACCCGCCAGUUUACCCAUUCGGUCCAUCCUGAAGAGGCCCAGGCUUGCAGGCGCACGGGGCAACGUGCGCUUUGACCAAGUCACCGUGUUCAGUUUUCCGCGCUGCCAGGGCUUCACCAGCAUGCCCAGUCACGGAGGGGCCACCUUGGGCAUGGUGCGGAGGCACGGCACCCUUCAGAGGUACACGCUGGCGGAGCACGCGCUGGAGCGACGGCACGGACAAAGAGAGAGGCGGAGGAAAGAGAGGCUCGAGGCACUGAAACAGAAAUUAAUCACCAGCGGGGCCGUUGACCGGAGAGAGGCCGACAGGCUCACGGUGGAUCAGAUCCCAGACGAAGACACCGACGUCCACAUCGGCGAAGCCGAACUGGAGGAUGGGGGUUUCCUUCAGCCGUACUCCUCCAAACAGCGGCAGGCUCUCCUCCAGGCGGCGGGGGUGAAGCGCAUCGACCGGGAGGAGAAGAGGCAGCUCCAUGCCCUGCGAGUCUCCAGGGAGGCUUGCGGAUGUGACUGCCAAGGCUUCUGUGAGCCAGAGACCUGCGCAUGCAGUCUGGCAGGAAUCAAGUGCCAGGUGGACCGCUUCAACUUCCCAUGUGGCUGCACCAAGGACGGCUGUGGAAACACUCAGGGGCGCAUCGAGUUCAACUCCAGACAUGUGCAGACUCAUUACAUCCACACCGUCAUGAAACUCGAACUGCAGAGGCGACUGCAAGAUGAAACGCUGAGCCAAGACGACCAGACAGGACUUCCAGAGAACCUGGAAGAGUAUGUGAAGCAGGACGAGGCCCAUCCGGCGCAGAGCGCCAAGAGCUGCCCCUUUGGGUUCACUAUGGAGGAAGACGGUCUUCCUCUCACCAUGCCCACCACGCCUUCCUUUCAUUUCGCCCCAGAGCGGUUGGUGGUGGAGGAGAACAGCUGCAGCAGCGACAUGACCGAUUCCUCGUGCUCCUCCUCUGACUCUGAUGCAGGACGGUGCCUUAAUGGGAGUCAGAAUCUCCCUGGUGUGGAUGGAGGGUUGUCGAGUGCCCUCAGCAUCUGUGACUCUGAAAAUAAUAACCACUCUACGCGCAGCCAACCGAGGCACACGGGAGAACCACUGACGCAGCACGGCGGCAACCCUGCCACUUACAGCACCCCCGCUGACAGCACUGGACCACUUACAGCCAACGCAUUCACAGACCAUGUAAGCAGGACCUCACAGACGGAUUACCUCAAUGAGAAUGCAAACCAGGCCAGAGACUUCUUUGACAAUGACUCUCUCGAGGGCUUCCCCAACACUCCCUCUCCCACUGUGGACUAUUUUUCAGGCAGGUACAUGGACCUGAGUCUGUCCUCUGACUCCGACAUCGAGUUCUUCGACAGCGACUACGCCUCCGGGCCUCUGCACAGCUCCUUCAAAGUACACAGAAACCCAGACAGCUUUUGCCACCUCCAGCUGUUUAGCUCUGUUUAUUUGCCACAGAACGAGUCGAGCACCUACCUCCUGGAGUCUCUGAUCGGCCUGACUGAGCCCAGCCCAGAGCAGGGUUAUGCAGUCAGCGGCACCCAGCUGUCAUAGCUGAUUCAAGGCGUUCUAGUGACAUAACAAGAAACUGUGUCCGAGAAUUUUAUGUAUAAUUAAUGUAUUUGUAAGAAACAUUUCAAUGUACAAAGAAUGAAUGAUGAAAUAUGUGUUACCUAUAGCUGGAAAUUUAGUUUUCUAUUUCCUAAAAAUAUUUUUGCCUUUAUUUCAGAGAAACAACACUUAAUAAUUAAUAUAUGUCUUUUUUAUUUCCUGAACCUAUAUAAUCAUGUCUGAUAUGCUAUUUAAUUUCUUAUACUAUGGCCACUAAGAAUAUUUGGAUUUGGCUCUGAUGCUUCAGCCUCAUCGCUGCUCAUUGCAAGUUAAGUUGUUGAAAGUAAUAUUCAUUCCAAAGGUCACAAAGAUAGAGGCAAUCAAAGGUAUUGCCCCGUGUGUCAACAAAACUAUGCAUAUUUUGCAGGUAGCUGGCCAUGGUAUAAGAUUAUAAUCCAUUUACCAGAAUGAAAAAUUUCAUAAAUCAACCCCAGAGUUGUGAAUUAUUUUCUACUGCCUUUCUGAUUGUGGAUUAUCUUGUAUAUGCUAAACAAUAUGUUUGGGACAUUUCUGUAUUGGAAUAAUAUAA